AUGUUACCGCAAAUCUCAGAGCGAUGCGCCGAGGACCUAUUUGCACAAAUCUACAACCACAGCUCCAAGGCAACUCCCGCACAGAAUCCGGUGGAACCAACUUACAAAUCGCUUCCACUCACCUCUUCAAAUGAAAUGAAGGGUACUUCAACAGGGUUGUCCUUUCCCUCAGGAUUGGCUUGCGAGCCGAUUCGCACGAGGGUAGACAUAUCCUCUGCUCCUCUUCCCUUCUUUUCAUAA